CUUAGGGAAGCCUCAACUCAAUUGUUUUCGCCUUCUUCUCACGAGAGGUCACCGUUGCUUAGCUUUAUGCCUUUGUCCCUAGGUGGCAAUGUGCUAACCGAUUAACGGAAGUUCGUCUGCAGAUAAAAUAAAAAACUCAAGUGGUCAGUGGUCACGCUCACGCCACGUCUGGCUGUGAGACAAUGAUUCAGAUUCAGUCAUUAAAUUCAUAAAUUGUUAAAUCAUGAAAAGCAUUUGAUCAAAUGAGUCUGUUAAAAUCAAGUUUUCUUUUUGUUUCUCCAUUGCCAGAAUGAGUUUGUGCCAAGCAGUUAAAGCCAAACCACGGACCAAGGAAAUGUUUGAAACAUCCACAUGAUUCCCUUAUUCGCCUUAUUGCAGGAUUCCUUUAUUGCAGGAACUAAGUUUUUUUUUAAAACCUGUAUGGUAUGGCCAGUCCAAUCUCCAGCAUAUCAUAGAAAGGGGAAAUUUAGUCUUUGUUAAAGUCGUCUUAGUUGGCUCCCAGUCAAUCCGGUUGAACAAAUCGAACCGCAGCCAGCCUGGAGCUUCUUGUGGUUUUUCCAUGGAAAUUGAUUUGGAAUUCCAUGAAGUGUUGCCGAGUUUGCAUCUUGAACCGUAUGAUUAAUAGUAAGAAGAUCUUGAAUUCUUGAUUCUCUUGUUCUCUCAGAUGACUCCAGGAGCUUAGCUCUCUUCUCGUCCAGGAGCAACUCGCUUAUCCACUCCCGCCAUAUGGGGAUCCAGCGAAGGAAACCGUCACUCCUCAGCCAAAUUGUACAGUGGCGUAUCAAAUUAGAUCCACUCACUAUUUGACAUCGGAACCCACUGCUGGCUUCAGUCUAUCUGCUGGACAACGUUCCAGCGAUCGGGUUCGCCAUCUGUCAUGCCAGUCUAUUAAAGCAAUAGUCAACGUUUGAGUACAAUGGCGUACUACAAGAUUUUCUCAAGUUGUUUAUCUCAAAUCUUAUUUCGACAUCUACUAACACUACAUUCAAAAGUGAAACAAUUUGAGAAUUAGAGUUAGAUUUUAAAGCUUUUUUUUAGUUAGAUUUUUAAAGGUUCGGUCACUCAAGUAAGAAGUCGGCGGGACUCUUAUCAGCGACACUCACGUCCUGACUACAACCCAUUGUGUACAUCUUUAGUGACAAAUUUUACAGCAAUCAAACACUUUUUUCUUUUCUUAGACAGUUUCCUGGUAGGUCUAUCAAAUGGACCCGCAUUAUUAAAUGGUCGAAAUUGUUGGGGCUUCAAUUGAAACUGUAUGCUGCAAAGAUUAAUGUGUACCAAAACCAAAUAACUUAUCCUGCUGUCGACAAUAGGAUUUCCAGCUAACAUGGAUGCUAUCAACGUAUUGAAACAGCACGCCCACGCAGCAGUUGUUCAAGUUUGCUUGAAAACUAUCUUAUGCAAGGGAGUUGAUGCCAGAAACAAUUAUUUUUAAACACAUAAUUAGGCUUACUAAUUUCAACUUUGCGUAAUCUUGACAAAUAAAGUUAAAAUUUUUCACAGAUAUUGCAUGAGAUAACUGUUGACCUUAAAUAGUGAUAAACUUUUACAGCUUUCACUUUCCUUUACGUCCUGUCUAUAUCUAGCAUCCUACUUAACGAGAUAUAAUGAUUUAAUAUGGUGUAGGUAAAAUCUGCAGCAUAUCUUUGGCGUGAAUAGAUAUAUUUAACCAAAUGAACGACAUUUUCAGUCGUCAUGCCGGAUGUGUCAAACUGUAAAUCCUACAAAAACUAUUUUGAUAAGGUUUGGCUUUUAGGCGGCAACCUCAAGUAAUGUAGCUAAGAUUAUGCAAAUCAUAUUAUCUCAACACUCUUUAUAAAUGCCGUGAAGCUUUCAGGCCGAGUCCAGACACCGUCUGUAGUUGCUGCUGGACGCUUUCCUCUCGACUUCAUCAUUCUUUCAGCACCAUGUCCGUCAAAUUUUCACUCGCAACUGCAAUCCUGACGGCCAGCAUCGUCCUGGUGGCGGCCACUUUGGGACUCUGUUCGACGAUUCCCUUGGCAAAGGUUCCUCCCACAAAGACUCCAACAACGACUCCUUCAACUACUCCUACAACUUCGACGACGAAUCCAACAACUACUUCAACAACUACUACAACAACGACCCAUACAACGACGCCAUCAACUUCUACGACAUCGACUCCUACAACUUCUAAGACAACGACGCCAACAACGACGCCAACAACGACGCCAACAACGACGCCAACAACGACCCCUACAACGACUCCUACAACGACCCCUACAACGACUCCUACGACUCCUUCAACGACUCCUACGACUCCUUCAACUACUCCAACAACUACCCCUACAACGACUCCUACAACGACGUCAACAACUUCCACGACGAUACCAACAACUACUCCUACGACGACUCCUACAAUGACUACUACGACUCCUUCAACUACUCCUACAACUACAACGACCCCUACAACGACUCCUACAACUACUCCUACAACUACCCCUACAACUACUCCUACAACGACCCCUACAACUACCCCUACAACUACCCCUAUAACGACUCCUACAACGACGUCAACAACUUCCACUACAACUCCAACAACUACUCCAACAACGACCACUACAACGACUCCUCCAACGACCCCUACGACUCCUACAACGACUCCAACAACUACCCCUACAACGACGUCAACAACUUCCACUACGACUCCUACAACUACUCCAACAACGACUGCUACAACUACCCCUAUAACGACUCCUACAACGACGUCAACAACUUCCACUACAACUCCAACAACGACCACUACAACGACUCCAACAACGACCCCUACAACGACUCCUACAACUACUCCUACAACUACUCCUUCAACUACCCCUACAACUACUCCUACAACUACCCCUAAAACGACUCCUACAACGACGUCAACAACUUCCACUACAACUCCAACAACUACUCCAACAACGACACCUACAACGACUCCAACAACAACUCCUACAACUACUCCAACAACGACUCCUACAACUACCCCUAUAACGACGUCAACAACUUCCACUACGACUCCAACAACUACUCCAACAACGACCCCUACAACGACUCCAACAACUACUCCUACAACGACCCCUACAACUACCCCUACAACUACCCCUACAUCGACGUCAACAACUACUCCUACAAAGACGUCAACAACUUCCACUACGACUCUAACAAUUACUCCAACAACUACUCCUACAACGACCCCUACAACGACCUCUACAACGACCCCUACAACGACCCCUACAACGAAUCCUACGACUUAUACAACUACUCCAACAACUACCCCUACAACGACUCCUACAACGACGUCAACAACUUCCAUGACAACUCCAACAACGACCCCAACAAUGACCUCACCAACGACCCCUACAACACCAACAACGACCCCUAUAACGACGCCAAAAACGACCCCUACAACGACUCCUACAACGACUCCUACAACGACUCCUACAACUUCCAAAACAACUUCUACAAGGGUCCCCACAACGACACCAACAACAGCUCCAACGACAACUUCUGCAACUUCCACCACUACCAGAACAACAUCUUCUGCUACUAUAUCUACGACACCGUCGUCAAGCAGUCAAACCUUUUCCUUUCUUUCCUUGUCACUUGUUUCAGUCAGUUUCCUAGUCAGCCUAUCGAUUGGACAACAUUAAUAAGUGACUUAAUGCAGCGGCAUCACUGAUUUUAUGAAUAACAUAUGUGCUUUUUCUUUUAAAUUUCAAUGUCUAAUUCCCUACUUUUAAUUAUGUGUAUAACACAAUAAAAACAUAUCGUACAUAAAAUCGAAUAACAGAUCGAAUAAUAAAAUUGAGAUAAAGAACAA